CUUAUAGUCCUAUCCCUUUGUCAGUCACACGGGGCCCCCGUGGUCGGGGGAAGGAGAACCCUAUCCUCUUCGCCUGGCCGGAGCUUACCAUACAAAGGACACCAGGCGUGUGCACGUCCCGACUCACGGUGACAGGCAACAGACUACGGGCAGCAACGACUGCGUGUGAACCGCGUGAAUCCCUCGCUCGCUCCUGAAGGCUUAGAGCCGCUACAGUCUGCGUUUCCCGUCGCCAUUGCCUAGGAUUGUAGCACCGCAACGCCUGGAGGGCCCAACUGUUGUGAGUGUGAGUGCUGAACGACAGCGAGCAUACUCUUUCCAGUUCCGUGCAUGUACGGCGUUGUUCCACGGUACUCAAGCAAGGACCUGCUCGGAUGACUUCAAAUCCCCGACCCGGCCCCGCUCAGCGCGUCGUUCAACUCACAACCCCAGUACCAGCCCAAACCCAAACCCAAACCCAAGGGUUGCCCCACAGGUCCCCACACUCCCAACGCAGCCUGCACAGGCACAGGUACCCACAGCCGCUCAACAGCCGCCCCCUCCACCCACAGUUCCAGCCCAACAUAGUGUACUUCAACAGCAGCAAGCAAUGAACAGCCCCGUCUCUCCCAGGCGUGGCGCGGGCACAGGUCGAUUCACACCCUCUGGGGUAGUCGACCAAGCGCACGAGAGCGAGUGGGCUAGUCGACUAGCCGGCCUCGAUUGGGACGAGACGAGCAUCGUGUUCACGAAGAGACAGCUGGUAGACUUCCUCAGAUACCUGGGCGUGCACGUCGAUUCGAACUGCGAAAACAUCGCCGGCUUACCCCGUUACGCCGUCUUUGGAAAAAUUAGCAGCUUGCCCGGCCCUAUCCUGCCUAGUUCUCUCAGCCUCCCGGCGCAGACCAACGGCACGAUCUCCUCCACCACGCACGCGCACGCGCAUUCUCACCUCAUCUCCGGUCCAAGCACCCCGACGACCUCAGACUUCCCCCAACCCAUACCGAUGGCCAUACCUGCCCCGGUCGCAGGCGGGUUUAGGCCGACGCACAGGCAGAGGACCUCUCGUAACUCCCUGCCUAGGAGCGGCAGCCCGCAGACAGCGGGCCUGUUUGGGCCUGGGGACGACGGCGGGCAUGAAGUGUUCUUGUCUGCGAGCCCACCGGAAAGAACAAUCAGGGAGGCCGUGAGGCCAACGGUGACAACUCCGUCUUACCCCCCACCAGACACCGCCCAGCCUGAGCCAUCAGACGAAGAGGACCCUCCACCACCUGCCUUGCACAUCUACUCGCAUUCCCACUCGCACUCGCACUCCCACCUAUCGACCCCGCCGGCAACGCCAAGCAGACAGCAGAGCUAUAGAUCAAGGCAGAGCUCGGGUGGCUUGAGCUCUCUUCCGGCGGUUAUGUUCCCUAUCGAAAAUGUCCAGCAUACGAGUACGGGGUAUCCGGUUGGGCCCGGCGCGGGUGGCAGCGCCAGCGGGCGAGGUGCCGGUGCGGGAACCAGUUCGGCGACUGGCUCGACGCGCGAAAUGGACGGGCAUGGCAUGAGCGGGAGAGGAGGGCGUGGAUCGCCGUACGGCCGCGCACGCUAGCUUUGGGAGUGGAGAAAGGUAGUUGUUUAUCAAUGAGGAUAUGGUUGUUUCGGC